CACGUGCUGGAAGGACAGAAGUGGACAACAUGUAAUCUGUUUCCGUGACGCUUACAAUGCACAUUCUAUGAGGAGUGGAGAAACCAGGGCUAAGCCCUGCCCCUCAGUGUGUCCCCGAACCUGUCCGCUGUGCCCACAGGUGCCAGGGUCUGCUAGGGCCUGUGGCUUGAGGCCUCUUUGCCUCUGGCAUCGGGAGGACUAUGUGCCCGGCAGCAGGUCUAGCCCAGCUCAUGUGAGGCUCAGAGAGAAGAGUACCUGGAACCUGGCAGCAGGUCCUCGGGUGGGCUGGCACCAAGCCAAACAUCUCCUACUGCCUGUGCUCGCCGAGUCCUACCAGACCGCCGUCCCGGUUCCUGAAUGAGCUGGGGCCUCCACACCGCGGUUCAGCCCAGCCCCCGCUUGUCCUGAGCAGCCCCACCCUUACGGAGGGUGAUGGAAGGGCCCCUGGAGGAUGGAAGUGAGUCCCCAGAGCCCCGGAGUCAUGCCACCGACCGGCAGUUUACGGUGUGCAGUUUCAGGGAUACCCGGGAGGAGGACCCCAAGCCCCCAAGCCCCACAGUGGGAGCAGCCCAGGGCAGAGGGCCACAGGGCAGCCCCUUGUGCGGGGAGCCUCAGUUAUCCCCAGGACAGAUGGCUGCGGCUGGGCCGGGGCUCAGCCCGAGCGGAGCAGUAGGAGGCCCCUCAGCCCGGGUGGAGGAGGUGGCCCCUGAUGGCGAUGGUGUGGAAAGCCUCCUGUGCCCCAUGUCCUGCCACCUCAGCCUGGCACCGGGUGAGGGUGCCAGCCCAGGGAGAGGCUGCACAGGGGACUCGGGGCCAGACAGGGCAGUGCCAGCCGGCUUGGGCCCUGGGGGAUUGGACAGUGACUCUGUGGACCUUGGAGACCCUUUCUUAGAGACCUCAUCAAAGCUGCAGCAGGCAGACUCCAAUGGAUGCCGUCUUCCUAAGCUUGCCGACUGCCUCCUGGCCCGAGACCUCACCUGGGAGCUGCUGGCCAGUGGCAUGGCCGCCUUGCCAGGGACUCGGGAUGUAGAAGGCCGAGCAGUGCUGCUUCUGUGUGCCCACAGCCCCGCCUGGCUUCACCCCACAUGCAGCAGCCCUGAACUCGUCCGCCUCCUUCUCUACUUGCGAAGCAUCCCCAGGCCCCAAAUACAGGCCCUGGGACUGACCGUGCUAAUUGAUGCCCGAAUUUGUUCUCCAAGCUCUUCCCUCUUCUGGGGACUCAGCCAACUACAAGAAGCAUCCCCAGGCGCGGUGCAUCACGUGCUGCUAGUGGGAAAGAUGCCGGAGGAGGUGCCUUCUGAGCUGCAGCUUGCACAGGUGCCCUCUCAUCAGAGCCUGCUGACACACAUCCCCACUGCAGGGUUGCCCACUUUGCUGGGAGGAUGCCUGCCUUAUUCUCACCAGGCCUGGUUGGAUUUCCGGAUGCGUCUGGAAGCCCUACUGCAGAACUGCCAGGUGGUUUGCGCCCUGCUCCAGGGGGCCAUCGAGAGUGUGAAGGGUAUUCCCCAGCCCACGGAGUCUGGGGAAGCUGGUGGGCUGCUGCGGCAAACAAGGGUCUUGAUGCAGCAGGUGCUGGACUCGCCCCAGCUCUCCUGGCUACAAUGCCAGGGGGCUGUGGAGCUGACAUGGCUGAAGCAGGAGGUCCCAGGGGUGACCCUGAGCCCGGACUACAGGCCGGCUGUGGACAAGGCCGAUGAGCUGUAUGGCUGCGUGGAUGGGCUGUUGCACCAGCUGACCCUUCAGAGCAAUCGGCAAAUACAGACGCUAGAGUUGAUCCAAACACUGGAGGCCCAGGAGGGCAAGCUGCACCAGAUUGAAGUGUGGCUGCAGCAGGUGGGCUGGCCAGCGCUGGAGGAGCCCAGGGAGCCCUCGCUGGACAGGCUGCUCCAGGCCCAAGGCCCUUUUGAGGAGCUGGACCAGGUUGCUCAGGAGCAGAUCAGGCGAGGGGAGAAGUUCCUGCAGCCCCUGGCUGGCUGGGAGGCGGCCCAACUGGGUCCUCUGGGGGCGCGCUUCCUGGCCCUGCAGGCCCAGCUGACCGACUUCUCUCAGGCUUUGGCCCAGCGGCGCCAGCGGCUGACAGAUGCGGAGCGGCUGUUUCAGUUCCUCAAGCAGGCUUCGACGUGGGCUGAGGAGGGACAGCAGGUAUUGGCCGAGCUGGAGCACGAGCGCCCAGGGGUCGUGCUGCAGCGGCUGCAGCUGCACUGGACCAAGCACCCUGACUUGCCUCCUGCCCACUUCCGAAAGAUGUGGGCUCUGGCCACAGGGCUGGGUUCAGAGGGCAUUCGCCAGGAGUGCCGCUGGGCCUGGACACGGUGCCAGGACACUUGGCUGGGCCUGGACCAGAAGCUAGAGGCUGCACUGAAGCCAGCACCAACGGGUAGCACAGCUAGCCUGCGUGCCAGCAGGGUCCCCGCUGGACCUGCUAUCCCUCCUCUGAGGAAGGCCUACAGCUUUGAUCAGAAUCUGGGGAAGAGUCUCAGCAGUGAGCCUGGCCACUACUGCCACCGUGUGGCCGUUGUUACCGCCUGCCGCAGGACAGAGGCUGGAGAAGGUGCCCAGCCGGGGUCAUCCCCUGCUAUGCCUCUACCAGGCCCUAGCUGUGACCCCAGGAGCCCUAACAGGCUACAGCUGGUGCUGGCAGAGAUGGUGGCCACGGAGCAGGAGUAUGUACGGGCUCUUGACUACACCAUGGAGAACUACUUCCCAGAGCUGGACCGCCCUGAUGUGCCCCAGGGCCUCCGUGGCCAGCGCGCCCACCUUUUUGGCAACCUGGAGAAGCUGCGGGACUUCCACUGCCAUUUCUUCCUGCGUGAACUGGAGGCUUGCACCCGGCACCCACCCCGUGUGGCCUAUGCCUUCCUGCGCCACAGGGUGCAGUUUGGGAUGUAUGCACUCUACAGCAAGAAUAAACCUCGCUCCGAUGCACUGAUGUCCAGCUACGGCCAUGCCUUCUUCAAGGACAAGCAGCAAGCACUGGGGGACCACCUGGACUUGGCCUCCUACUUGCUAAAGCCCAUCCAGCGCAUGACCAAGUAUGCACUGCUGCUGCAGGAGCUGGCGCGGGCCUGCGGGGGCCCUGUGCAGGAGCUGAGUGCCCUGCGGGCAGCUCAGAGCCUCGUGCACUUCCAGCUGCGACACGGCAAUGACCUGCUAGCCAUGGACGCCAUCCAGGGCUGUGACGUUAACCUCAAGGAACAGGGGCAGCUGGUGCGUCAGGAUGAAUUCAUGGUCCGUGCUGGGCGCCACAAGUCCCUGCGCCGCAUCUUCCUCUUUGAGGAACUGCUACUCUUCAGCAAGCCUCGCCGUGGGCCUGCGGGUGUCGACACGUUUACCUACAAGCGCUCCUUCAAGAUGGCAGACCUUGGCCUCACCGAGUGCUGUGGGGAUCACAACCUGCGCUUUGAGAUCUGGUUCCGCCGCCGCAAGGCCAGGGACACCUUCGUGCUUCAGGCCUCCAACUUGGCCACCAAGCAAGCCUGGACGGCUGACAUCUCCCGCCUGCUCUGGAGACAGGCUGUCCACAAUAAGGAGGUGCGCAUGGCUGAGAUGGUGUCCAUGGGUGUGGGGAACAAGGCCUUCCGGGACAUCGCCCCCAGUGAGGAAGCUAUCAACGACCGCAGUAUCAACUAUGUCCUAAAGUGCCGAGAAGUUCGCUCUCGCGCCUCCAUUGCUGUAGCACCGCUUGAUUAUGACAGCCCUUACAUGGGGGCCUCAAGCUCCCUGCCCGGAGACCCUGCUUCUUGCUCUGUUCUGGGGCCCCUCAACCUGCACCUGUACAGAGAUCCAGCUCUUCUGGGCCUCCACUGGCCCCUGUAUCCCCACAACUUCCCAGAGGAAGCAUCAUUGGAGGCUGAGGCGGAGCUGGGCAGCCAGCCCUCCCUGACUCCUGAGGACUCCGAGGUCUCAUCCCAGUGCCCGUCAGCCAGUGGAUCCAGUGGCUCCGACAGCAGCUGUGUGUCAGGGCAGACCCUGGGCAGGGGCCUUGAGGACUUAUCCUAUGUCUGAGCCUGGACUUGAAGGUGAGCCGUGAAUCCAGCAGUCUGUACUUCCAUGGAACACCCUCUGGAUCUGCUGUGACUGCACCGGAGACACCUGCACACACCUGCAGUUGUGCUGACCACCCUCUCUGAGGUCUCUGGCUGUUGACUGUCAUGGGACCUCUGCAGCGGGGUUGGCAGCUGAGCCUGGAUGAGCACCCUGUCCCCAGGUUGCUGGCCUCAUGUCCCUAUCUCUCCUCUGCAGUUCCCACUCCAAUUGUGGUUUAGGAAUCAGCUAGGGCAGUGUUUUUCCACGCUGUAGGUUGGUGAGGCAUCAUGUGCUCUAGGCAGUGCUGGGGCUGUCCCUCACCCCGAGGAGGACACAGGUGGGUUCUAAGCAGCUACUUCCCAAUCCCUAGCCUUAAAGCCAAGCUCCCCAAAACACAGAAGCCAGCCCACCCCUUCUGGGCCCUUACCUUUGCCUGCUCUGGCUUCCAGGCUUAACCUCUCUUUCACAGGACCAGUUUGGUUAUUUUGACUUGAUGCCUUUUGAAUUGCUUUCAGUUAGAGUUGUCUAAGUUAUCUCAUGAUUGUUAGGCCUUUGGCAUCUCAAAGAAGGAGUGUAGUAGGCCCUUGA